CGAGUAUGCGAGGCGUGUGACGGUUCAGUUCAUAGCAUUAGAGGACAUCGGAAUUAUCAAGGCUUUGAACGGGUAUGCGCGGCGUGUGACGGUUCAGUUCAUAGCAUUAGAGGACAUCGCAAUCAUCAGCGUUUUGAAGAAGUACGCGAGGGGUGUGACGGUUCAGUUCAUAGCAAUAGAGGACAUUGCAGUCAUCAAUAUCUUGAACAAUCCCUACAAUUAG